UCGCGCACGAACCUCGCGCCAAGUCGCACAUCCUCUUUAUAGUGACAGCCAGUCCGCUACACGCACAAACAUGAAUGCCGCACGUGAUCUCUCCUUCGGGAUUUACGGUGUAAUCGCCGUAGUCAUCGCUUUCAUCUCCUUGCCUCGCACCUGUGCCCUGCACACUAAAGGUGCCCUCCCUCUGGACUCAAUAACUUUCCAAAAGGUCAUUUCCAAUCAGAAAUUUGUGCUGGUGAGAUUCGAUACUCAGUAUCCAUAUGGAGAAAAGCACGACGAGUUUAAGACGCUUGCGGCAAGUUCGGCCUCUGGUCCAGAUUUUGUUUUGGCAGAAGUUGGCAUAUCAGAGUACGGCGAAAAGGAGAACUUUGAUCUGGGAGAGAAGUACAAUGUGGACAAAGACAACUAUCCCGUAUUCCUGCUGUUCAGUAAUGGUGACCUGGAGCACCCCGUGCCCUACACAGGGCUGGUCAAAGUGGACAACAUCCAGAGGUGGCUUCGGCAACAGGGAGUGUGGAUUGGCCUGGCCGGCUGCUUAGAGGCUUUUGAUCAGCUGGCCGCUGCCAUGUUGACUUCCUCUAACCUGGAUGACAAGCAAGCAGUACUGGCAAGAGCCCAGGCAGAGCUGACCCAGGUGACAGGCGAGCAGCGGUCAUCGGCAGAGCAGUACGUGAAAAUCAUGAGCAGAAUAGUGGAGCAAGGAGACGGCUUCCCCGGCAAAGAAACAGAGAGGAUCGGCCGUCUGCUCGAGAACGAGAAGAUGAGCCCCGGUAAGAAGGAGGAGCUGCAAAAACGACUCAAUAUCCUCAGCUCAUUCCAGAUGGCAGACACCAAGAAAGAUGAGCUCUAGCAGCAAAGACGGUGGGCACGUCUUACCUUACAGCCAAACUGUGAAGCCGAUGGGCCCCUGCACAAUACAAACAUGGAGGGUCGUUGAGCUGCGCUGCCUUCAAGUUUUGGGGGUUGGAGGCGCAAUACCAAAAUGAAAACCAUCCUCAACCAAAAUGAAACAUUAGCCCCCAACUAAUGGCAAUCUUGACGGCACACGUCCACCCGCACCGCCCCAACUCUCUCAUGGUUGCCUACAGCAUUUCCAUAAUCUUAUUUUACAAGUGAAUGUUGUUGAUGACAGUUCAACAUUCAGAAGCUUUGUUACAAAAAUGCCUUUGGGGGAUAUUGGGGGGUGGGCUUUGAUCUCGAGGCACCAAAUAUUUUCAGAGUGUUCAAAUAAAUUACAAUGUUUUAAA